AUGAAGGAGCUGAGGUGUUUGAACUGCAAUGAGCCGUUUGUCGCUGAACAAGGACAUCGCUGCUUAAAUAGCCCUUGGAUGCUAGAAAAUGGGGAUGAAAAUAAAAUAUUAGAGGAUAUUGCGGUUGAACUUGACCUUGAUAAACAUGAGUUUAUCUCUUUGGCAGGUGAGCAAUUACCAGAAUUAUCAUCAGUCUGCAAUGAAAUAUUCCAGAAUAUUUUCAAUUCUAGCACUGAUGCCAAUUUAUUGAAAGAAGAGACUGCCGGGACUGAUCAACAGACUUCUCUCUUCUCGGGAGACUCUGUGAUGUACAACAAAUGCUCUGUAGGCGAUACUCAUGCAGUUCCAGGUCCUUCCCGAUUGCCUUUCAAUGAUGGCAAAAAUCGCUUGUGUCAGGAAAAAUUUCAAAAGAAACCAUACCAUUUAUUGCCGAAGAAUGUCAAACGGGAUACACGCGAAACCUGUGGAAAAGUAUUCAAAGAGAGGCAAAAUUUUAAAAGGCAUACUGAAAUCAGAAAGAGGCUGAGAAGUGCGAAUGAAAACACAAUAUUACAGGAUAUUGAUGAUGAACUAGAUCCUGAUGAAAAUGAGUUUAUUACUCUGGGUAGCGGGCAAUUACCUGAAUUAUCAACAGUCUGCACUGAAAUAUUCAAAAGUAUUUCCGAUCCUUGCACUCAUUCCAGUUUAUCGAAAGAAGUGACUUUCGGGACUGAUCAACAUAACAGUUUACGCCCUGUGGCAUUUUCGGAAAAAUCUGAGACUUACGACAUACGAUCCGUAAGUGACGUCCAUGCAGUUCCUGGUCCUUCCCGAUUGCCCUUCAAUGAAAGCAAAAGAAGUUUGUUUCAAGAAGAAUUUCAACCCAAACCAUGCCAAGCAUUGAAUACUAAUGUAAAAGGGUGGACUUACGAAGUUUGUCAAAAAGUAUUCGAAAAAAUCCCAAGUUUUAGAAGACAUAUGCAAACUCAUCUAUUGGAAAAAAAACACAGGUGUGACGUUGUGGAAAAUCUUUUCUUCUAA